AUGUCAGACCACUUUCCCAUGGAGGAGAACCUUCAAAAGGUCAUGUCAGCUACAGAGAACGUAGCCGAGUCUGUUCAUGACUCACAUGACUCUUCCCGAGACUCUUCUGACCAGGAAUCAGAAGUUGCACAUGAACCCAUUCAAGAGCGAUAUGAGAAUCCAUCGUAUUCUCGUUUCCGUCGGGUGGCUUCGAAAACGGUCGUAUCUUUCGGUGUCAAUGAUCCCGAGAAUCCCGUUAACUGGAGAAAGUCAAGAAAGUUCUUGGUUCUUGCUGCCGGUGUCAUGCAGGUCAUGAACAGCACCAUCGGAUCAUCCAUUUGCAGCAACGCCAUUCCUCAAAUUGCCGAGGAGUUCAAUAUCACCAACCAGGAGGCAUUGGUUUUGCCCAUCUCUAUUUUCCUGAUUGGCUAUGUUGUCGGGCCGUUGAUCUGGGGUCCCAGUUCUGAGUACUUUGGGCGCAAAAAGCCAAUGCUCGUCUCGUAUUGCGGGUUUAUGAUCUUCACGAUGGCGUGCGCCGUCGCUAAUUCAUAUGCCUCAUUGUUGGUAUUCCGACUUUUCAACGGCAUGAUGGCAUCUGCUCCAAUUGCCACGACUGGUGGGCUGUUUGCAGAUGUCCACGAUAACCCAACUCUACGAGGUCGCCUGAUGGCCUAUUACAUGGCUUGUACAACAUUUGGCCCCAUCAUUGGCCCCUGGGUGUCCGGAUUCGUCGCCGUUGUCGACUGGCGAUGGUGCUUCUGGAUCGGACUGAUUUGCUCCGGCGUUUCCUUCCCACUCGUCCUUUUCAUGCCCGAGACCUACGGACCUGUUGUCCUGACAAAGCGUGCGAAGAAGCUGCGCAAAGAUACCGGCAACUCCAACAUCGUCUCGCCCUUGGAACUGCAAAGUCGCAAUCUCCGAGAAAUGCUCUUCCUCACGAUGACACGACCGUUCCGCAUGCUUAUUCAUGAAUCGAUCGUCUCUCUAACCUCCCUGUAUCUUGCGCUGGCAUACGCGAUCUUCUACCUUUACUUCGAGGCCUACCCGAUCAUCUUCCAAGGGAUUUACGGCAUGAGCCCUGGUGUUGGUGGCUUGAUGUUUUUGCCUAUUGGCGUGGGAGCGGUUCUUGCUUGUUUCGUCUUUAUCUGGUACGAUGGCUUCCUCGUCCGCGCAAAGGCCCGCAAUGCGAAAUGGGCAAACAUCGAAGAGUACCGAAGGCUCCCUCUUGCCUGCAUCGGAGGUCCAUUAUAUGUCAUCUCCCUAUUCUGGGUGGGCUGGACAUCUUCACCAAACAUUCACUGGGUCGUUCCAUUCCUUUCCGGCAUACCGUUUGGAAUGGGUUAUCUGUUGAUUUUCAUGGCCAUGCUCAACUAUCUCACCGACGCCUACGAGACGCUAUCUGCUAGUGCUCAAUCAGCCGCUAGCUGCACGCGAAGCAUCUUCGGCGCCGUUAUUCCUCUCGCUGCCAAACCUAUGUUCAACCGACUCGGUGUGAAUUGGGCAUGCAGUCUUAUCGCAUUCAUCAGUCUGGGCGUUUCAAUCAUUCCAUUCGCCUUUAUCCGCUAUGGCGACCGCAUCCGAUCCAACAGCAAAUUCUGUCAAGAGCUGAAGCGCAUCAAGGAGGAAGAGCGGGAGCAAAUUGAGCGUGAAGAGCGACUUGGAACCGAGUCCAAUAACUUACAACCGAUUCCAUCCGCCAAUACCGGUCAUGCGACUAUGACGAGAGUGGAUACAGCUCAGACGGAGAAGUCGGCGAUCAUUUGCUAG